ACAGUGCACAGACGCACCGCUGCGUUCCGUAAUCAGUGUACACCGCGUCUACUCUCCGAGACCGAUUGUCGAGUGCGUUUUCAUAUUUUAUACUUGCUAUAAUAUACAAUUAAUGAUAUUCAGCCAUAGGUAAUACGGAACAGACACUGUUUUAUAUUUUUGUAACCGUUUCUGAAUAAAAGAAAAAAAAAAAUCAUACGUUUUAUUCUCCCGCGUGUAUUGUAUUGCUCGUGCACCCGAAAUAUAUUAUAAUAUUAUAUACCUAUACAGCACAGGUAUACGCGUGACGUUUUUAAAUCGCUAAUUAUUUACGACGAAAUUUCGUGUAGACAUUUUGUUAAAUUGUGCGUGCGUUUUGGUUUUUAUACUUACUUUUGCUUUGUACACAGUUUUCCCGCCUUCUAUCGGACCAGGUUCGAUAUUAUUCGUUCAAAAUUGGCCGCAUCAAGCAGAAUCCGGUUCGUGUAGCCACUGGCGAAACGGCUGCGCACGACUUGUUAAGUACCGAUUUGCCAAUUGACUGUAUGAAAAUGACAAUGGAUGCCACAGAUAGCGCAAGACUUGGCUUAAACUUGAAUUUGAGUGUGCAACCUCAAUCAUAUCAUUGGAUUCAAUCACCUAAGGGUACUGAUGAUGAGGACGAGGAUGACCGUAGAAGAGUGGAUGACGAUUGUUCGCCGGAAGAAGAACCGGAUAUCCUGGAAAUGCAGAGGGAAGAACGUGAAACCCUUAAUCAGUUAGCUCGUCGUUUGGCAAGUGGGUCACAUGGACUGAUGGGAGGUCACACUGCAUCUAUGAUACAACAUUUGGUUUACCAUCAUCCUAAUGGGAUGCCUAUAUCCGAUCAAAUCGUCAUGCCAAUACCUUCUAGACGACCGGGCAACAUAGAAUCACCACCAGGAUCUAGUCGAUCAGGUGAUACACCUCUUGGUCACGAAUACACAUCAGAAAACGAGUCAUCUCUGUUAGCUAGAAAGGGUGAAGCACAAUCGUGGACUUUUGAAGAACAGUUUAGACAGCUUUAUACUGCGGGCAACGAAGCUGAUAGACGCAGUUUCCUGGAUUCACUGUUCAGUUACAUGCAGGAACAAGGGACUCCGAUAAGCCGACUACCCAUUAUGGCUAAACGUGUGUUGGAUCUGUACACGCUGUACAAAUUAGUCGUACAAAGAGGAGGAAUCGUGGCGGUCAUUACUAAAAAAUUGUGGCAAGAGAUAAUCCGAGGUUUGGGCUUACCGCCUUCCAUCACCAGCGCGGCUUUUACGUUGAGAACACAAUACGUCAAGUACUUGUACGCGUACGAGUCGAAAAUGAAUCAGUUCAGCACGGUGGACGAACUGAACAUGGCCAUAGCGGGCAACCGGCGCGAGGGCCGCCGGAACAAGUCUCUGAUGUCCGAGUACAUGCCCGCGCACCCGGCGACCACGGUGGCCGGCCAUCUGCACCACCACGGCCAACUGCCGCCGGCGGCGCACGGCCACGGUCACCAGCAACAGCAGCACCAUCACCAGCAGCACCAGCAGCAGCAGCAGCAGCAGCACUACGCCAACGUGCUGGCCGCCGACGAUCGGUUCCGUCACUUGGCCGCCGCCAUCAUCGACAACAACAGACACCGCGCCGCCACGGAACAGGGCAGACAGCAGCCGUCGUCGUCGUCUUCGUCGUCGCCUCCGCCGCCGCCGCCGCCGCGGCCCGGAAGUCCGAUGCAACGGCUGUCCCAACUACAGCCACAGCCGCCGCCGUCCGCAGCCGCCGAAUCGUCGCCGUUGUUCAACGGCCACCAGCUACAACUGCCGCCGUACCAAUCGGCCACCAUGAUGGCCGCUGCGGCACACCAGGUAGCGGCCGCCGGUGACCACGGCAGCAAACAGAGAGAAAUUCUCAGUAUGUUGAUGUGGAUGGAUUUAAUGAGAGUUAAUCAAACAGCUAUUCCAAGACUUUCAAUACAAAACUUGCAACAAGCAUGCAACCCGUCACCAUACGCCACAGUACCAGCUGCGAUGAAUCUGCAACGUCAGUCUCCGGUCGCGUUGCAUUCGAAUAACGGGCCAGAACAGUGUGAAGCGUUGAAUUUAGGCAAAAAGGAUCAAGGGACGAACAACAACAACGCGGGUGAAAACGAGGACGAACCGGAUCAAAAACGCAUCAAGAAGGAACGGUCGCCACGAGUUAUCGUGGUUAGUCGUUCCGCCAGCCCCAAAGCAAGCCCUGAACCAUUUCCGGCGCCAACGGCAAGCAGCCCCAUACGGGAGGCAGCUACAUCGCCUGAACGAAAUGGUGACGACCAAGAAACGGACAGCAACGGUACGAUCGAAAUGGAUAUCAACGUGACGGCCGGCACGCCUAGCGGACUCAAAAUAAACGUCUGUAAAAGAACAAAACACGGGAUUUACAAAGGUCAACUUAUCAAAGUCGAGUCAGAGUUAAAUGGAGGAAUGAAGAACACUAGACCCUUUAUUUUGCGCCUUAAUGGUGAACUCUACAGAGGAUGCCUACAACCACAAAGCAGUGUUGAUAAUCAUGACGAUCAACAUUCUAGUUAAAAUAGUAGACGUUGGAAAGCACAACGAAUAAUUUUUUUUCUGUAAAAAUAUUAUUAAAUAAUAGUUUAGUUUAGUAGAUAAUUAAGCAAAAUAUA